CAUGCACGAUUUCUCCAACGGCCCAAACGCCAGCGCCAUCGUGGUCGCCCACGGCACCGGCCCGCUUCUUGGAGGCUCCAAGGACAGGCGCUUUGGCGACGUGGUGGUCAUGGACGACACCCUCACCGAAGGCCCUAACACGACGUCCAGGGCCCUCGGACGCGCCCAGGGGUUCUACAUCGCGUCGUCCUCCAUCAGCAGCGACCCCACGCUGCACGUCUCCAUGGACCUGGUAGUCACCAGCGGGCCCUGCAGCGGGAGCACGCUUGCCGUCACGGGCCGCGACAACGUCUUGGCUCCGGUGAGGGAGCUCCCGGUGGUCGGCGGCAUGGGGAGAUUCAGGAUGGCAACGGGGUACGUGCUGAUGAAGACGGUGAACUGGCAUGGGAACGACGUUCUCCUGGAGCUCGAUGUCUACGUGCAUGCGUGAACAUUAUCGACCGGCGGAUGCAAUGUGGACGCGUCCCAUACUAACCAAGAUAAUUGGCGUGUUUGAUAAUGUAAUAUUUUUUUCUCAUCUUUUUCUCGUGUGAACGAAUUUCGGAUGCGAAUUGAAAUAAAAGAAAAUGAUGAUGCUUCA